AUGGAAACAAACAAAAAAGAUUAUAUAGGGUCUCCAUUACGGAUACAGCCGGCAUCAGUAUCAGGCGCAUCGACUCCAACAUUAGAUUUGGACGGUUUGUCCUGGCCUUGUCAAGGAACUCAAGAGAGAAUUGAAACUGAAGAAGAUCAAAAAGUGCAAACGAUCUCUGAAGCUGUCAGAACGAUUUUAUCGUGUAUAGGUGAGGAUCCUCAGCGACAAGGAUUGUACGGUACACCAGAACGUUAUGCAAAGGCAAUGCUUUAUUUCACUAAAGGAUAUGAAGUGAAUUUACGUGAAGUAAUAAACAAUGCGGUUUUCGAAGAAGAUCACGACGAGAUGGUGAUUGUUAGAGACAUUGAUGUAUUCAGUUUAUGCGAACAUCAUUUGGUUCCUUUUACUGGAAAGAUUCAUAUUGGUUACAUUCCUCGCAGACGAGUUUUGGGCUUAUCUAAGCUUGCAAGAAUUGCAGACAUGUUUUCGCGCCGGUUACAAGUUCAGGAGCGUUUAACCAAACAGGUAGCGCAAGCAGUUCAAGCAGUGCUGAAGCCACAGGGUGUAGCUGUUGUCAUGGAAGCUUCGCACAUGUGCAUGGUGAUGCGAGGAGUGGAAAAGCCUGGUAGCAGUACAGUUACGAGCAGUUUGACAGGCGUUUUCCGGGGAAGUAGCAAGACUCGUGAAGAGUUCUUUCGCUUGAUUGGAAAGAUUUAA